AUGGGGGUUCCAUUACUCCUUACGUGGCUCCGAAGGCGCUUUUCAGAGUGCUUCUCCCCCGCUGAAGGUGACCUCGCGCGGGAGUGUGUUCGCGGCCACACCGACAACCUUUACAUUGACCUCAAUUCCCUUAUUUACCAGUCCGCUGCGAUCAUCGCCGGGGGUGGGGGGAGUUUCUCCUCCGUCGACGAGGUGGAGGAAGAGGUGCUGGUGAAGUUGAUGGGCUUGCUGGAUCACAUCCUCUUCGACCUCGUGCAACCCGCCGCGCUGGUGUUCAUCGCCGUGGAUGGGGUGUCCCCGCUGGGGAAGAUGUCCCAGCAGCGCGCCCGGCGGCGGCGGCGGCCCGCGGCCUCGCGCGGCGCCCCCCCUCCCGGCCUGGAUUCCCUCUGGGACGUUAACACCAUCAGCGUCGGGACAGGCUUCAUGUCAAAGAUGACCACCGCUAUCCACGCGUAUGCCGUGAGCCGGACGGAACGCAUCAACGCAGCGCGGCUUGAGUUUGAAAUCCUGGAGCGGCGACGGCGAGCUGGGGAGGGGGAGGGGGCCACGUCUCCCCCUUGCCAGCUGAUUUAUCGACCGAACAAGCCCAUUUCCAUCGUGGUCGACGGGGUCAUGCGGCCUGGAGAGGGGGAGAACAAAAUCCUGGAGGUCAUCCGCCGCUUUCGCGCGCAGGCGGCGUACAACCCCAACACCACGCACGUGAUCUGCAGCACAGAUACUGAUGUAACGGUGAGCUGCCUGAUCUUGCACGAGCCUCGGAUCUUCGUCUUGCGUUAUGAGCCCCCUCCCUCGCUUGGAGGGAAAGCGAGCAUACCCAACGAGGAUGCAGCCGCUGGCAGUGGGAGAGGCGGGGGCCGUGUGGUGGACACCUGGCUCUCCACCUUUUUUAGUCUCCACACCUUUCGAGAAUCCUUACGGAAGCUACUUGGGUUUAGACCUCCUUUAGAUACAUCCAAACUUCACGAGGACACGGAAAGCGAGUUCUUUGAGCGCGCGCUCCACGAUGUGGUGUUUUCGAUGUUGUUGUUCGGAAACGAUUUCCUUCCGUUGUUGGGUGGUGGUAUUCGGGAGGGGACGCUGGACGCGCUACUUCAGACCCUUUCCUCGGAUUUCGUCUCACGACAUCGCACUGUGGUGGUGGCAGAAACUAAUCAAAUCCAGUUCGAGUCGGCGCGAUACUUGCUGGGUUGUCUCGCAGAUAUCAUGCGAGAGAGGGGAGGCUCUGGCACGCUCGCUGUCUUUGCGGACGGCGCGGAAUUGAGCUGGGAGUUCACAACCGAUGAUAAGCAGUUCCAGGAAAAACAACGCGAGAGGGAAAGGAUGAUGGAAAAGAAAUGUUACUGUUAUUGGACUAUGCUGCAGUGGGCGCUGCAGUACAGUGCGGGAAUUGUGGAGCAUUGGGGGUGCUAUUACCCAUACAGCGAUGCCCCACCUUUGGAGAAGCUCCGGCAGUACUGUGGGGUGCUUUCGUAUGAUGGGGUGGUGGACCUUGUUGCGGCCCACCAUGCGACUAUACGCGGACUUCAGUGCAGAGGAAACACCGCAGGUUCGGAUGGGGUUGGGGUAUCAAGCACGUCGUCUUUGGGAUUACCGUGCCCACUUGCUUCGGAGUCCACUAUGACCGCUGUCAGGGACUCCACAGCGCUAAACAGGCGAGGGGAGCCGACGGAUGUCAUGGUGCAGUUACUUGUGUUGAUCCCGCCUCGUAGUGUGGCGUUGUUGCCUGUUAUUAUCCAGCAGCACUACAACGAGAUUCAGGAAGCCGUUCAACCCCCGGUAGAGGAACUGGACCUCGUACAGAUUCAGGAAUGGUGUGAAGGGAAGAAAGUUUUGCUUAGGAAAGAGGAGCAGACGCGUUUCCAUUUUUAUAAGCUUUUGUCUAGCGAUAGUAUCUUAUGUGGUCCAGAGGCUACCUGUGCCGAUACCGAGCAGCAGCCGAGAAUAUUAUCAAAUGAAGUAGUGUUCAUCGCGUAUUGGUCCACGAGCACCUUUCGGCAGCAAGCGGAGGACGCCGUACAGGCCUCACUUUCCAAGCCAUCACCCCUUACUACUGCAAUGCCUGUGUGUAGUAAUAAAAUUAGCACCGUUGUUUCUGAAAACACACGUAAGCGAAGCGCUGCAUCUUUUUUUGGAUCGAAAUUAGUGAAAGGGGGCGUUUCUGCCGCCGUUACCGCCCUCCAAACGUCGCCACUGAGGCCAACCGUAACGCACCCUUCUACACCAACCGCGGCUGAGAGCACGUUGUCCACUACUGAGGAAACCAAUACCCCACAAGCAGGCUCUUAUGGGGAGCCUGUGAGAGCGAAUGGGGGCGCUUGCGAGGCGGCAAUUCUCAGCGACGUGGAUGGCUGCUACUUUUGGUAUGUGGCACCAUGCGUGGUUCUACCCGAUGACGGGCUGCGCAAGGCUGUUGGGGUGAUCGAGGGUAAUCGAUUUCUUGUAGACGGUAGUGCAAACGCGGCGAUACGUAGCAGUGGGAACGUCAGUGUGCUUUCACGCGAUACUUACGGGAGGAUGGGCGUGCGGCUCCAGUGGGAGGUCGCAACAAUGCCACCUCUUUCUGGCCUAGGAGGGCAUGCUAACAGAGCUGCAAUGCAAAGCUGCGUGACGUCGCUGCUCUUGCCGGGCUACACCCCGCCAGUAGUGCGAACUGUGAUGGAAAAAGUUAGAUCAGAGAGAGAAAAAAUUUCGAUGACGGGCCCUUGCACUGAUCCAUGGCGUCAAAAUACAUCCCUUAAGCGACUGCGCGAUGACGACAAAGAUGUUUCCAUCUAA